AUGGCUUCAGCGCGCGGUCCCCGAUGGCAGCAGUUCUUGCAGGAAUUGGUGAUGGUUGCGGGCACCUCGGCAUCUGCAUACUUCCUCAUCCGAUAUCUCCUAUCCCGCCUUGACUUCGACCCGGAGUCUCAGAAGAAAGAAGAACAAAAACGCAAGUCGGCCGCCAUCCUACGGAAGCUUGAUGGAGGAGACGAGUCAGAUGAGGACUCACCGCGUCGCGGAGGAAAAGGCGGACGCCGGCCAAAGAGAGGGGAUCUUGUUCUCAACCAAUAUGAACAGGCUAUUGCUAUGGACGUAGUCGCUCCAGAUGACAUCCCUGUAUCAUUCGAAGACAUAGGAGGUUUGGACGAUAUCAUCGAGGAGCUGAAGGAGUCCGUCAUUUAUCCUCUCACAAUGCCCCAUCUCUACGCUUCGACGUCAUCGCUUCUUACUGCCCCGUCUGGUGUCCUUCUCUAUGGGCCGCCUGGAUGCGGAAAGACCAUGCUUGCAAAGGCGCUCGCUCAUGAGAGUGGGGCAUGUUUCAUUAACCUACACAUCUCUACUCUGACUGAGAAGUGGUACGGCGAUUCCAAUAAGCUGGUCAACGCCGUGUUCUCGCUUGCCAGGAAGUUGCAGCCCUCGAUCGUUUUCAUUGAUGAGAUUGAUGCCGUGCUGGGCACUCGACGGAGCGGGGAGCACGAGGCCAGCGGUAUGGUCAAGGCCGAGUUCAUGACUCACUGGGACGGUCUUACUUCGGCGAACUCGAUGGGCGAGCCGCAGCGAGUGGUUGUCCUCGGUGCCACUAAUCGCAUAGGCGAUAUUGACGAGGCCAUCCUUCGGCGGAUGCCUAAGAAGUUUCCUGUCGCUCUACCCCCUGCAGCACAGCGGCUUCGAAUCCUCAGCCUGGUUCUGAAAGAUACCAAGGUUGAUCGUGAUAACUUUGACCUCGAUUAUCUGGUCAAGGGCAUGGCGGGUAUGUCAGGUAGUGAUAUCAAGGAGGCUUGCCGGGAUGCAGCCAUGGUGCCAGUGCGCGAACUCAUCCGCCAGAAAAAGGCGGCUGGACAACAAAUGACGGCCGUUGAUCCUAAAGAGGUCCGGGGUCUGCGUACAGAAGACUUCUUCUCGCGCGCCGGAGGUGUCCGGGUCAUUCCCCCAGCUGCCCAGCUGGCGAACAAAGCCAACUCGGAGAAGGAGUGGAGUACUGAGUCGGAGGCAGCGUCCGAAGCUGAAGCACGAACACCCGCGGAGAUGGCGGAACCUCCCGAGUAG